AUGGACGUGGGUAGCAAAGAAGUCUUGAUGGAGAGUCCACCGGACUACUCUGCAGCUCCCAGGGGCCAGUUCCGUAUCCCCUGCUGCCCGCUGCAUCUCAAGCGCCUUCUCAUCGUGGUGGUGGUGGUGGUCCUUGUCGUCGUGGUGAUCGUGGGGGCCCUGCUCAUGGGUCUUCACAUGAGUCAGAAGCAUACCGAGAUGGUCCUUGAGAUGAGCAUUGGGGCACCAGAGGCCCAGAAACGCCUGGCCCUCGGCGAGCAUGCGGAUUCCACUGCCACCUUCUCCAUUGGCUCCAACGGCAUCAUUGUGUAUGACUACCAGCGGCUCCUGACCGCCUACAAGCCAGCCCCAGGAACCUACUGCUACAUCAUGAAGAUGGCUCCGGACAGCAUCCCCAGUCUUGAGGCUCUCACUAGGAAAUUCCAGAACUUUCAGGUUAGGUCCUCUCGCCAGGUCAAGCCGGAGGCACCUGCCUCUAAGCUUGGGCAGGAAGAAGGGCACGAGGCAGGCUCAGAGCCUUCCGGAGACCUCGCUUUCCUGGGCCUUGCUGUGAGAACUUUGUGUGGAGAGCUGCCUCUCUACUACCUGUAG